AACAAUAUGAUGACGAUGAAUGAAAUAGUGGACUUGCGAAUUCAGCAACAAAUUGCACAUGAGAUCUAUCGACAACAAAUUAUGCAACGUAUUCCAGAUCCGUUCCCGCACAUGCUGCCCAUUCCGCUUCCGCGACACGUGAUAAUGCCACCGAGAAUCUCUUUGCCGGGAGUAGAGGUAACACUGCAAAACGAUCAGCUUUGGAAGCAGUUUCAUCAAAUUGGCACGGAAAUGAUUAUAACAAAGAGUGGCAGACGUAUGUUUCCCUCGAUGCGGCUUUCGCUCUCCGGCCUAGAGGAUGAGGCUAAUUACUGUGUUCUGCUGGAAAUGGUGCCGAUCGGCGAUUGUCGCUACAAGUUCUCAGGGUCACAAUGGAUGCCAGCCGGUGGCGCGGAACCUCAGAGCCCUCAACGGAUGUACUUGCACCCAGACAGCCCAGCAUCCGGAGCUCAUUGGCAAGCCCAGCCUAUCCUCUUUAACAAAGUGAAGCUCACCAAUAACACCCUGGAUAGCAAUGGCCAUAUUGUUUUGGCCAGUAUGCAUAAGUACCAACCACGUAUACACGUGAUCCGAACUGCAGAUUUAACUCAAAUACCCUGGGCGCCGCAGCAAGCAUUUUUAUUUCCCGAAACCGAGUUUGUAGCUGUAACCGCCUACCAGAAUGAUCGCAUCACUAAAUUGAAGAUAGACAACAAUCCGUUUGCGAAAGGCUUCCGCGAAACGGGCCAAUCGCGAAGCAAACGUAAAAUGUCUUCAUCGCCUUCCGACGAGGACUCCGAACAACAGCAACAAUCCCAUCAACAAACAGGGCGCCACCACGGAGUAAGACAAUUGCAAUCGCAGCCUCAAGCACAUUCCCACAGUCAGCGUGGCGCUGUCUCGCCAACAAUGUCAACGUUUGCAGUGACCAGCGAGUCGGGAUCAUCAAUUUGUUCCGAUAAGGCAGCACAACCGAACAGCGACGACAUCGCCUUUGUGGACGUUGACAUUGUAGCGGAUGCCGAUACCGAUGACGAUGGACCACAAAUUAAGCGCUUGAGAUCAAAUGAGUCUGCCGGCUCGAUAGCAUCGACACCGCUCGAAGAGAUGAUCGUUAAUGCGCAUGUGGGUAGCGAAUGUGGGUCUAAUUUAUUUGUGGCUGAAGAAACGAGUUUGCAACCGACAUUACUUGAAUGGUCACAGCUGUCGGAGCAAACUGCCAGUAUUGCCUUCGCCAACGGUGGCCCCUCGUCGUUCAUGCAACAUUUGCAGCAAAACAUGCAAUCAAUGCUUCGGCCAUCGCUGGUCGACUUGGCUUGCACCUACUUCGGCCGAGCACAGCCCGUUUACACACAACAUGCGCACCUACCACAUGUGGCUGCUGAAGAUCAAAACUUGUCCAUAGCGAUGCCACCAGCUUCCGAACAUUUUCCGUAUCCCUCGUUCGUCGAUGGAUCGAUGACAACACGUGCUAACGAAAUCCCUUCCCAUUCGCUUGCCACUGACACAAAGGACUUGCCACAGCGCGCCAUUGAAGAUAAUGAGAGAAAAACAAUACCUACUCUGCAGUCAAAUGUUACACAGGUGGUGCAACUGGAAAGCACAACGAGCCAUUCGCCACCAAAGCGGAAAGGAUUUAGCAUUUCGGCCAUUUUAGGAGGUGGCAGCUAG